AUAAUAAAAUUAUUAAUAAAUAAAUAAAAAUUUGGCAAUAGUACAGUACAGAUUUGUAUCACGCUCCUCAUUCAAAACUGACACCUAAUAAUAUCACAUAGCAGUUGAAAUAUGACAAAAUGCCCACCCACUGAAAUACAACUAAACAUUCUUAGCCAAAAAAACUUCCAAUUUAGACAGCAUUUCUUGCUUGUUUAAUAUGCAAGAAACUACAAAACUUUAGUUUCUUCUACCAAAAUUUCUUAUCUUUGAAAGAUGGUGCAAAGAAAGGUGAUAAACAAUAAGCUUGGAAUUCAAGCUAGUAUCCUCAAAACAGAUAAGAAGCAGGCCAUCAUAAAUCCCUCCAUCCAAAACCAUGAUGGCAAGACCAAAGGAGCCGAUUUGAAGGCCGUGAAGAUGAAGAAAUCGCGGUCUGUUAAAAGGUCCAACGUCGAUAUUAGUCAUCACACGACACCGGAAAUCCAUGAAGUGGCUCGGCAGCUAGGAAAGCCACCUCAAUUUGUCACACCGGUGAAGACUCCGAGCCCCAAGAAGACUUUACCAUGUAAGUAUCCUUACAUGUCCCCGAAUUAUAUGAAGAGUACAAGCAGUUCUGAGGCAAGAAAAGAGAGAAAAACAGCUAAGGAAAGUAGCAAUGCUAGCAUUUCUAAGCUUCAUAAAGUUGCAAAAACAUUAAAUAAGUUAUCUAGUUUGAAAAAAAUGAGGGCCUUAACAAAGUCACCUAGCUUUAAACACACAAGAUCAGGAUCCUGUAAAAAGGUUGUUUUAUGUCAGAAUGAUGAUCUUGAUGUGCAAAGAGCUACUUGCUCAUCAACCUUAAAAGAUUCUAAGUUUCCCCAUUACCUUAAACUCAAACCCGGGGCAACUGAAGCCGAAGGAAACUCGGUGUUUAAGGUCUGCCCUUAUACCUAUUGUUCCCUUAAUGGCCAUGAACAUGUCUCUGCACCUCCCUUGAAGCGCUUCUUGGCUUCAAGGCGGCGGCUGCUGAAGACCCUGAAAGUUAAACCAGAAGUCCUUUCCCCUCGUAUUGCUAAGGCGACUGAGAAUAACAAGGCCAUAGAAGAAAGGGAUCGAAAAGAAGAUUUCUUCGUCGAAGUCUAUGUCCCAGAUAAAGAGGUCUCUGAAAGCAUGUCUGAUGGGCCAUGCUCUGAAAUUGACUUACAGGAUGAUCUUGAUCAAACUGAAGACACUAAUUUAUCAGGCAUAAAUUUCAGUCUUGAAGAUGUAGAUUUUCCACCAACUCCUCUUCAGACACAAACAUCAUUUGAGAGCCAGAGCUCUCCUAGUGAGUUCUUUGGCGAGAACUCGGAUAUGGAGUGGGAAGAGGGGCAAAGUCCUGCCACCCAUGACAAAUAUGAGGAUUAUGUUCAGACAGAAUACAGUAAAGUUCAAGAUGAACCAGAGUUUGAGUUAAACAAUGGUGCAAGCGAGUAUUUGGAGUUCCUAGCUGAUGCAUACACACCAUGUUUUCAUGAUGAAAUUGUGGAGUGCCUGAGUUUCAGUGAUACAGACUCUUUGCCAGAUAACGAGUCUACCCAGACAGAUGAUAAGUACGUAAAAGAGCUAAACAUGGUCAUAGAUGAUAUGAAUUUUGAACCAAAGAAUGAAAUUACUGAAGAGUCUCACCUAAGUGAUGAAGCAACUGUCCAUGCUGUGAAGCUAGAAGAUGAGUCCAUGAACGAACAGGGCACAUCUUUGUUUGACCUUAUUGAGGAAUUUACUGAGGCCCAAAAUGAAGAACUUGAAUCUUAUGAGUUUGAAGUUGAAACAGAUGCUGAUGAAUCAAAUGAAGGAAACUACACAGUAGGAGAUAUCAGAGAAGAAGAUGUUGCUGACUUUGUCUUGGAAGAUUCUUCUCGUACUAAGGAAGAUUCUGAAACUGAUCAGAGUGAUUCAGGGAAUGAAGCUGAUGCUAGCCAUAGCAUUACCAAUAACGGAAAUGUCUUUCCAGACAAAGAUUUUACAGAAUGGGAAAGGACUAAAGCUGACAAUUGCACCAGUAAAAGAGCAGCAAAUUCCGAGGAAGAAGAGAAAUAUUCAAACAACGUAGAGCUUCGCUCAGAUGAGAAUACUGAUGUUGAAGUCAAAGAAUCAGAAACACAAGAUCACAAGACAGAAGCAGCAGAUGCAUCUCUUAACAUCAGAAACAAUAUACAAGAAGCCAGAAAACGCAUUUCCAACAAAAGAGAAUCUGAUUGCAACUUAGAGCUCCUGGAUAGCUGCAGCAAAUUAAAGAGGUUUUUGAGAUGCAGGAAAGCAGAUGAGGACAUUGAGGAAGAGAAAGAAUUUAACCCAAGAGGACCGAACUUUCUUACAAUUGAACCUGAACCGGAAUCAGAGAAGGUAGAUCUCAGGCACCAGGAGAUGGAUGAGAGAAGAAAUGCAGACGAGUGGAUGCUCGACUAUGCACUUCAGAAGACAGUCAACCAACUUGCUCCUGCUCGAAAAAGGAAGGUGGCAUUACUAGUCGAAGCUUUUGAAUCAGUUCUGCCAAUACCAAAGUUUGAGUCGCAUAUGAGGAAAAAUACAUCAGGCUUCCCAAAUGCAAGACCCAUUCAAGCUUGCAGAUAAUAUAUUUUCUUUAUAAAGGUAAUCUUAAACAGCCUACUUUAAUCAAUCUACAGCUUGGUUCUUAAAUUAUUUCCCCAGUUAGAUUAUGAUACAUUUGUUUUUCCAUCCAGUAAGAAAAUGUGCACCUUAGCAGUUCUUUCACAAUGCAUAAAAAUGGUAAGGAAAUGCAGGUUACAAGCAACCAUGCAGCUGAUAGAUGUACUGAAAAUGAACUACUGCUCAGAUGUGUGCAAAUAGAGUAAUAGACAAUCAGAACUCCAAGUACAAACUUUUGUGUUCCGAACAGUAUAUCUGAGUAGGACGCGGUAGUAAGUUUAAGUUAGCUAUUGAUAACUUAAGUUGUAGUGAAUUUGUGUGACAGACUGAUAGAUGAUCUUGCUUCUGUUUUCUAGGCUUGUUCUGUAGAAGUGUGCCGUUUGCUUCAAAUCUUAUAAUUUAGUUGUAUGGUACUCUGGUGGUUUAAGUUAUGUGCUUCAGUCACACAACUUUUGGUUCA